CGUUGCUCUGCCUGUUACAAAAGGCCCUCGUUAAGUAAGCCCUUAUGCAAGAUAAAAGUGAUUGUUCUGGGGAGGCUUCAGCCAAUUGGAGGCUGCAGCUGAGGCAGGAAGUGUCCAAGUGCUGUGUUUCACAUGGAUGUGUGGUUAUUGACCCGCUGAAAGUUGACUAAACUCUCUUUAGAUAAGAGUGAGCAGCGGAGACUCCUCAGCACUGGUGGUGGCUGAAUUACAGCUGUGAGACGCUGCCAAAGAGCCUGUGUGGAUCCUUGAUAAAAUGGAUGCCAUGCACAAGCUGAAGAUUCUGGUGAUGCUUCUGGCUCUGGCUGUUUUUGUGGCUGUAGUGAUACUGAACGCUGGGAACGCCACUGGGACAUUCAAAGGUCUGUUCAGGUCAACCCCUGGAAACAUCUCGGCCAAGUACAACACUGACUUCACACCAGCUGGAUGGACUUUCCUCAUCUGGAAUGUCAUCUAUGCCUGGCAGCUUGCCUGGCUUCUCUAUGCCUUGUCAGGGAUAUGUCAAAGGAAUGAAUUUGGAUGUGUCUACAUAAAGCCAGACUUGCUGCCAAUACCUUUUUAUGCAGUGUGGAUACUCAAUAAUGGCCUCAAUAUUACAUGGCUGUUUCUGUGGGACCGAGAAUGCCUCCUCCCAGCCCUGGUGAUCCUGGUAGCUCUCACUGUUACUACAUUUGUCUGCCUCUUCAUUUCACACCGAGCCCUGAACGCCCAUUCCUCGUGGCUUGUGAAGGGCCACAAAGCUGAGCUCUGGCUCAUCCGCAUCCUAGUCCAGAAUGGGCUGGCGCUGUAUGCAACAUGGACCAGCAUUGCCACCCUGCUGAACUUUGCCGUUGUGCUGAUCUACAAGUGGAACGUGGUCAAUGAGACAGCAACGACUGCUUGUCUCAGCAUCCUUGGUCUCAGCCUACUAAUAUGGUUUUAUCUUGAAAACUUUGUCCUUGACCAGUAUGUCCGCUAUGACCUCACAGUCUACCCAGUGGUCAUAACAGCUCUGACUGGCAGCGCAUGCAAGAACUUCUUGUUUUCAUUCCCAACAACGAAUGGUGUUUUUAUAGUUGUUCUGCUGGCAAUCACUUGCUUCAUUUUUGCUGUUCGGCUGGGACUUGUUGCAUGGAGACACUUUAGGAGACCACUGGAAGCAUCAGGAAACCCAGACCCAUAGGGCACAGUGGCUUGAGACCUCUGGCAUGUUGUAGCAGAUACUUUAAAUGGAGAAAAAAGGAUCUGGCAUCUGCUGGUCUGUCCUUCCUGUAUCAACUGCUUUAUGCUCUCUAUUUCUUCCCAUUCCAAAUACAGAUGCUUGUCUGGAAACCUCUCCUGCUCCGAAACUCCCACAGCUCAGCUGCUCACAGGCCCACAUUGAAUCUGUGCCCUUCAUUUGGUUUGACUCUGAACCAGUGCAGGAAAAGGUCCUUCAGCUGAACAGCCCUGUACAGGUUUGUGAUAGAGCUGUGGCUCGGUCCUGUGGCUGUCAACAGGCACUAUACAAGCUUACACAGACACUUCUUUAUGGUUUUCCUUUGGUAGCUAAUUUUCCUUAGGUUUAAGGUGAGAGAUGAGACUUCUGUCAUGCCUCUGGCCAUACAGUGUUUGGCUUCUGCAAGCCCUUGUGGUGUGAGCAGGAAUCCCACAGGCAGCAACUGCUCCCUUUCCUGCUGCUUUUCCCACAUGAUAAAGAUGCUACAGCUCUGGAGAUCCACCUGUGCUGUGUCAGCUCUGUUUGAUACCCAAGGGGGGAGAGGAGGAGGGACUGCAUAUUUCUGACACAAAUGCAAGCCUUCAACCAAUUUUUGUUUGUAGCUCUGGAAACGGAAGAUGCGUUCACCUUUCUGCAUACACUAAAGCAUCUGGGGCUCUGCCCUGGUUUUCCCUGUCUCAAUUAAGUUAGUCACUGUGUCACCGCCUCUGUCUGUGACCCACAAUAGCAGCAGCUUCGCUGUUCCUGCUCUGCCUAUAAGACAAGAGAGAUCUGGGUCAGGCAGGAGCCGUGGGUUGCCUUUCCCUGCGCUGUGCAGUGCAGCUUGUGCUGGCUGGAUGCCUCCUGCUGGAGAACGGUUUGUAGCCAUGCAGGUGAGAUGUGCAGAGGAGGUGGUACCUGCUCUGGGGUGAAGAUGCUGCUUCAAAGAGAGGCCUGAGUAAUGAUAGAAUCACUUGAACUGAUACCAUGAGUUCAUUCUGGACUGGGGCUUUCUCGUGUGGCUUCACCACAGGAAGCCUUAAUGUGGAUUGACUGAGUUGUCAGACCACUGCCUCCACUUCCUGUGCCUACUUGAGAGGUGAUGGUGCCUCACUGCUAUCUGGAAGUGUUUCUGCAUGGCAGGUGCUUUCAGAUGCUGAAUUCAUUGCAACACUAUUACAAAGGUUAAAUUGUCUAAAACAGUGUGUGCUAUCAUUUACAUUUAACAAAACUAAACCAGUGUCAUGCACUUCCUCUUUCCUUUUGUCAUGUUUUAGUUUCGAGUAAACCAGCAAAUCCCACUACAUCUGUAAGCCACCUGCAGUAACUGUCCUGGCUGCUGCCUCAUUUGUGCUUGGGGUUCUGCACUGGCCCUGGUCUCUUGCUGGAGCCAGGUGCUUCCACUGAUCAUGCUUUCAUCAACCCUUGAAGGUGAAGACUUGGGUGCUGAAGUGCCCUUCUACUUAAAUGCUCUUCUUCCCAAGAGCCCUGCUAGUCACUGCUUCUCCAUAAGCUGCUGCCUUUAAUACAGUGGUAUUAAAUCCACUGGUGUGUGGAUUAAGGGGUCCAGGCAAGGUGAGUCAUUGAUGCAAGGCUGUGCAGCACAGGGAGCCCUUGAAGGUGUUCUGUAUCCUCUCACGCAAGAGCUCCUGGACCAAGGUAGCUGCACUGCCUUUCCAGAGACAUUAAACAGAGCCUUCAGUGAGUUUCUUUCUUUCAAAUGACCAGAAACUAUAGCAUAGGAUGUAAUUAAUGCAUUAAUUACCUCAGGAGAGUCAACACGGCUUCUUCAGAAGCAAUUCAUGUCUCACAAAUCUCUUUGAGCUCUCUUAAGGACUCAAAAAGCACAUU